CCCGUCCAAAUCAAGUAACGCUGCGUAGAUCUAGAAGCCUUUACAAUGGGAUUUGUGGGUUUUCCGCUUUGUGCAAAUGUCCUGCCCCUCGUACCCAGAAUGUGGGUCCAGGCGGUUCAAUGCCCCGAGUGUAGCUACCCCAACGAUGAGAUAUUCGCCUUUUGUCAGCGCUGUGGCUGCAGAAGAGACUGAGCAAGAUGAAAGCAAAAUGACAAAAGUCCCCUUAAAUCUCGAAGCCAUUGAAAACAGACUCGACGAUCUGCGAGGGAAGAUCCGCAAAAAGCCAUAUCAGAAACAAAAAUCAAGCCUCCAAGUAGAAUUUGAGCGUUUUUUGUACUCUCUCCCCUCAAAAAAAACUCUCACAUCUGCCUCUCCCUCGGACAUAACGAGAUUUCUUGUCUAUAAAGAUCGUAAGGGGAGGACCAAGGUACACACUCCAAAGUGCAAUUACUUUGGAUCUACAAGUAAAAGUCACUGCGCAUGCCCUAACAGAUUAGCAGCAGGUACAGUAGACAGCACUAUAGGGAAGUUAAGGUCCAUCUUCAUCGAAUUCCCAAAACAGGCUGUUCCAAUAUUCUUUGACAAGAUGGCUCAACUGUGCGCAUACCUUAAAUCUCCAGUGUUUUCCCCGAGCUGCACCGCGCCCCAACGUUACACUUAUGUGCGCGAUAUGGCUUUUUUUUGCCUAGACUUUUAUACUGGGGAUAGGGGCUCAGACUUAGGCAGGGUAUUCACGAAAGAAGUCGCACUACUCCCGGACAAGCAAGGUUUUUUGUUCCGUCACACUUUUGGAAAGACACUAAGGGGUGGUGGGAAAUCCAACACCUUCCAGAUAAAAAAAGUGUUCAGACAACAAGGUAUGCCCCGUGGCAAACCUAACCGUCUAUAUAAAACUAUGUGAUUUGAUGGGCAUCAACUUGAGGUAUGGUUAUCUGUUUCGAGUUCUAUCCAAAAAGAAGUAUCAGACGAUCCCUUCGUGGGUUCAGCCAUAGCAAACAGACUCUCUUUACACCUCAAGUCGGCUGGUAUUCAUAAUGGUGAAACGAUGCAUAGCUUUCGUAGCGGAUGCUCCAUCACUCUCUUACUACUUGGAGUACCUUACGAGGAAAUAGCUCGACAUGUUGGUUGGUCGUCAGUCGUAACAGCGGAGUACUACACCCAAAAAGACAAAGUAAUGAACGCCGGCACGACAGCCUCAGCACUAGCAGCUAGCACCACCCCUUCCAUUGGCGAGGCGCCUGCUGCCUCCACAUUAACCCGAAUAUUCUCUGAGAAAAACGAGCUCACGGGCCUCUCCUUGGCUUUCCCCUAAACGUUCCGCUCAAUAUCAUUCUCUAGGGGAUAGGGUUUGAUUUUCUGAGUUUUUGGGAAAGUAUCCUCUCUUUUUCGGUUC